CAAGGCUGGGGUGACGCUGUGGGGACCCCGCGCCGCUGAGGGGACACAGGGAUGGAUUUUGUGCCUUCCUUUUCCAGGCGGGCAGCGAGGCCAUGGCGAUGCUCCUGGAGCCCGGGAUGCAGAGCCUGCGGAUGGGUGCCAACGGCGAGCGGUGCCCGACGCCGUCCCCGCCCGGCUCCCCGGGGACACCCCACGACAGCUGCAGCAUCGCCCCGCUGACGCCCUCCCAGUCCCCGCGGAGCGAGGCGCGUUCCCAGCAGAGCCCGUCCUUCUCCGUGGUGGUGGCCAUCGACUUCGGCACCACCUCCAGCGGCUACGCCUUCAGCUUCACCAGCGACCCCGAGGCCAUCCACAUGAUGAGGAAAUGGGAAGGGGGGGACCCGGGUGUGGCCAACCAGAAGACCCCCACCAGCCUCCUGCUGACCCCGGAGGGGACAUUCCACAGCUUCGGAUACACCGCCCGCGACUACUACCAUGACCUGGACCCCGAGGAGGCCCGCGAGUGGUUCUACUUCGAGAAGUUCAAGAUGAAGAUCCACAGCACCAGUGAUCUGACCAUGAAAACCGAGCUGGAAGCUGUCAAUGGGAAGAAGAUGCCGGCGCUGGAGGUGUUCGCCCACGCCCUGCGCUUCUUCAAGCAGCACGCGGUGCAGGAGCUGAAGGACCAGUGCCCGUCCCUGCCCGAGAGCGAUGCCAUCCGCUGGGUCCUCACUGUGCCAGCCAUCUGGAAACAGCCGGCCAAGCAGUUCAUGCGGGAAGCGGCCUACAAGGCCGGGCUGGUGUCCCCGGAGACGCCGGAGCAGCUGCUGAUCGCGCUGGAGCCCGAGGCCGCCUCCAUCUACUGCCGGAAGCUGCGGCUGCACCAGCUGAUCGAGCUGAGCUGCCGCCCCCCGGCCGGCGGGGCCGAGCCCCCCCAGCCCGUCGACUCCAGCUUCCGGCAGGCCCGGGAGCAGCUCCGGCGAUCCCGGCACAGCCGAACCUUCCUGGUGGAGUCGGGAGUGGGCGAGCUCUGGUCGGAGAUGCAGGCAGGUGACAGGUACAUCGUGGCCGAUUGCGGCGGGGGGACGGUGGAUCUGACCGUGCACCAGAUCGAGAAGCCGCAGGGGACACUGAAGGAGCUCUACAAAGCCUCGGGAGGUCCCUACGGGGCCGUGGGCGUGGACCUGGCCUUCGAGAAGCUUCUGUGCCACAUCUUCGGCGACGAUUUCAUCGCCACCUUCAAGGCCAAGCGUCCGGCGGCCUGGGUGGACCUGACCAUCGCCUUCGAGGCGCGGAAGCGCGCGGCCGCCCCGAGCCGCUGCAGCCCCCUCAACAUCUCCCUGCCCUUCUCCUUCAUCGACUUCUACCGCAAACACCGCGGCCACAACGUCGAGACCGCGCUGCGCAAGAGCAAUGUCAACCUGGUGAAGUGGUCGUCCCAAGGGAUGCUGCGGAUGUCCCCCGAGGCCAUGAGCGAGCUGUUCCAGCCAACCAUCGCCCACAUCAUCCAGCACAUCGACACCCUCCUGAAGAAACCCGAGGUGCAAGGCAUCAAAUUCCUGUUCCUGGUGGGCGGCUUCGCCGAGUCGGCCAUGCUGCAGCGGGCGGUGCAGGCCGCCUUCGGCCACUGCUGCCGGGUCAUCGUCCCGCAGGACGUGGGGCUGACCAUCCUCAAGGGGGCCGUGCUCUUCGGCCUGGACCCCGGCGUGGUGCGGGUGCGCCGCUCGCCCCUCACCUACGGCGUGGGGGUCCUCAACAAGUUCGUGGAGGGGAAGCACCCACGGGAGAAGCUGCUGGUCAAGGAGGGCAAGAACUGGUGCACCGACAUCUUUGAGAAGUUCGUGACCGUGGACCAGUCGGUGGCGUUGGGCGAGGUGGUGCAGCGGAGCUACUGCCCGGCCAGGCCGGGCCAGCGCCGCACCAUCAUCAACAUCUACUGCUGCGACACCGACGACGUGGUGUACAUCACCGACCCCGGCGUCAGGAAGUGCGGCACCAUCAGCCUGGAGCUGGGGGACGCAGGGGAGGCGGGCCCGGCGCGGGGCCGGCGCGAGAUCCGCGCCAGCAUGCAGUUCGGGGACACCGAGAUCAAGGUGACCGCGCUGGACACGCGCACGGCGCGCAGCGUGAGGGCCACCAUCGACUUCCUGUCCAACUGAGGGGACACGCCACCAUCGGCUUCCUGUCCAACUGAGACCUUCCUGGAGACUCCACCAUUGAAUUCAUCUCCAACUGACACUCCUGUCAUCAUGGGGACACCCUCAGGAUGUGUCACCGUUAACUUCCUGUCCAACUGUGAGUCUUUAUCAUAGUGGGGACACUCCCAGGACCUGUCACCAUUGAUUUCCUGUCCAAUUGAGACCACCCAGGAUGUGCCACCAUCAGCUUCCUGUCCAACUGAGGGGCCCUGGGACACGCCACCAUUGACUUCCUGUCCAACUGAGGGGAUGUGCCACCAUCAACUUCCUGUCCAACUGAGAGUCUUUGUCAUUGUGGGGACACCCCCAGGACCUGUCACCAUUGACUUCCUGUCAACUGAGACCUUCCUGGAGACUCCACCACUGAAUUCAUCUCCAACUGACACUCCUGUCAUCAUGGGGACACCCUCAGGAUGUGUCACCGUUAACUUCCUGUCCAACUGUGAGUCUUUAUCAUAGUGGGGACACUCCCAGGACCUGUCACCAUUGAUUU